AGAAGUCGACAAAAAUAACAUGGAGAAGAAGUUCUCACAGUGGACUGCUGAGGAGAUAAAAUGUAUGUUUGGAGUCUGGAUAUCGAAAGAUUUCCAGGAGAGGCUGGAAAACACCUCCAGAAAGAGAGAGUUAUAUGCUGAACUGUCGGAAGAGAUGGCAAAGUCUGGCUUCAACCGAACACCAGAACAAAUAAUCAAUAAGAUUAAGAAGCUGAAGAAGGAAUACCGCGACGGUAAAAAAGAUGUAGGUAAAAAUGGAGCUGCACGGGGUGUUACAUGUUUGUCUUUGGAGCUGCUGGGCAGCGUAAUGAGUCAUCGACCAGGAAACCAGGUAACAGGAUGGCUGAAUUCAGUCACCGCGGCAGACACAACUGGAGAAGAAGCAGACCGAGUUCCGCCUCCCACCCCUGGAUCCUCCGUACAUGAAGACGGGUCAUUCGAGUACACGAUCAAGGAGCCUUCCAUCAGCAGACAAGAUGAUGAAGAUACCAGCAGUGAUGACUCUGAGGAGAGAGGGAUCCCUGACCAGAGGAAAACAAUAAGAACAAGAAAAAGAAGGCGGGUCCAUAAACUGGAUGUUCUGUUAGCGUACCUGAAGGAAGCCGACCAGAAGGCAGAGGAGAGGGAGGAGAGGAUGAUGAGACAGCAGGAACAGAGCUCCACUGCUCUGCUGAGGCUGGUGGAGAGGAUGGUGUCUGCCAUAGAGGAUGCCAGCAAACAAAACUGAACUCCCACAAAGUUAUUUUAUAUUUCUUUUUUUUUCCAGUAUAAUAAUAAUAAUAAUAAUAAUAAAGACACUUGGUUGAA